AUGUCAUUCACACCAGAUCGCUCAACAGAAUCAGAGAAACGUCUGUUUCAAGAACCUAAAUAUACAAUCAAUAUUGACUCAGAUCCUGGUUCUGUAUCAGACUUUCUGGGUAAUGUGAAUCUAGGGUCCGCUCGACUAAGAGAAAUGGCCGGUCUCGGAGGUGGUUUAGAAUUCUUGCCACUUGAAGAGCACCAAGUCACGCGGGGGGCAAUUCCAAGUAGAGGAAUAUUAGAUGAUCUAUGUUAUGGAACAGGAACCACAUAUUUGACUGGCAUGUGUUUAUCAUUUGGUGGUGCUUGGGGUUUAAUGGAAGGUUUCCGUGGUCACAGUCCAAAUUUUAAGCUUCGUCUUAAUACAAUAUUAAAUGCUGUUACCAGACGUGGGCCGUUUGUUGGGAAUUCAUGUGGCGUAUUAGCGAUGGGUUAUAAUACAAUUAAUGGAAUCAUGGGAAAUGCGAGAGGGAAACGAGACACUUUGAAUGAAAUUGGUUCAGGUGCUUUGAUUGGAGCUUUGUUUAAAUCAACAGCUGGUAUAAGAGCUGCAUCAGCAGCAUCUCUAAUCUGUGCUAGCGCGGCAGGGACGUGGGCACUUGUAAAACGAUAUUACUUUAAGUAUGAAUAA